AUGGGGUUUCAAACAUCACAUGGCAGUAAAAGGAUACCUCAACCAAUUUUCAAAGCAAAGGAGGAUCCAAUUGAUGCUAAUGCAAACUCCUUCAUUCAAAGGUCCACUCUGAAUUUGAUUGAUCAAACCCAAACCAAUACCAAGUUCAUUUUGUCUAGCUAUGAUUCAUGGGUGGUAACACACCCUUCGGCAUUAAACUUGUUUGAAAGAUUGAUGAAAGCAGCCAUAGGGAAGAGGAUCAUCGUUUUCUUGGAUUACGACGGCACCUUAUCCCCAAUUGUAAAUGAUCCUGAUUGUGCUUUCAUGUCUGAUGAGAUGCGUGCGGUAGUAAAUGAAGUUGCUACUUAUUUUCCAACAGCAAUAAUUAGUGGAAGAAGCAGAAAUAAGGUCAAAGAUUUUGUGAAGUUAAAUAAUUUAUAUUAUGCUGGGAGCCAUGGCAUGGAUAUAAUGGCACCAUCAAUGCCUGUUAGAUCUUCUAAAGGCAAGCAUAUUGACAUUGCCCUUAACACAAAUGGCACUGAAGUUCCCUUCCAACCUGCCAAGAAGUUUUUGCCAGCUAUCCGAGAGAUAUUAAGAAUACUAAAGAAUGAAGUAAUGGGAAUAAAAGGAGCAAUGGUUGAGGACAAUGGAUUCUGUGUCUCUGUACACUUUCGGCAGGUCCAAGAAAAGGAUUAUGGCGCUUUGGAAGAGAAAGUGAAGUCUGUGCUUGAAAAUCAUCCAGAAUUUUGCUUAACAGAGGGUAAAAAGGUUAUGGAAAUAAGGCCAUCUAUAAAGUGGAACAAAGGAAAUGCUGUACAAUAUUUUCUUGACACAUUAGGAUUAAGCAGUUGCAAUGACAUCCUUCCUGUGUAUAUUGGCGAUGAUAGAACUGAUGAAGAUGCUUUUAAGGGUUUUUGUGAAAUUUCUGCAGGUCAUACAGAGUAG